UCUUCCUCUCGUCCACCAUCUCUCUUCCGCUUCGGUUUCUUCGACGGCGCGAUGAAGACGAUCCUCUCGUCUCAAACGGUGGAUAUUCCGGAAGAAGUCACCGUCAAUGUUAAAGCUAAAAUUGUAGAGGUGGAGGGACCUCGUGGCAAGCUUACACGCAAUUUCAAGCACCUUAACCUCGACUUUGAACUUGUUGAGGGAGGAAAGAAGCUCAAGGUGGACGCUUGGUUCGGAUCCCGGAAGGCGACGGCGGCGAUCCGCACGGCCAUCAGCCAUGUUCAGAAUCUGAUCACCGGUGUGACUAAGGGUUACCGGUAUAAGAUGCGCUUCGUGUAUGCACACUUUCCCAUCAAUGCCAGCAUCGCUAACUCUAAUUCUUCCAUUGAGAUUCGUAACUUUCUUGGGGAGAAGAAGGUUAGAAAGGUGGACAUGCUUGAAGGUGUGACCAUUGUCAGGUCUGAAAAGGUGAAGGAUGAGCUAAUCCUUGAUGGAAAUGAUAUCGAGCUCGUCUCUCGCUCCGCCGCCUUAAUUAAUCAGAAAUGCCAUGUGAAGAACAAGGACAUCAGAAAGUUUCUUGAUGGUAUAUAUGUGAGUGAGAAGGGAAGCAUCACUGAUGACCAGUAGAUCUCAUUGAACUCUAUAUUUAUGUUUUAUUUCAGUUUAGAGGGAGCUGUUUAGGAAUUGACUUCUACCAUUAUGUUGUCAGUGAAAUUUUGUUGUGUAUAUUUGGUGCUUUGGUUGAUUUCUACUAUUUAUUUUGUUAAAUGU